AUGACGAGACACAGUGAGAAGAGCGAUCUUGAGGACCUUCUGACGACGGCAGAGAUCCAAGACAUAACAGAGAGAAAGAUGCUGUCUUCUGCUUGGGACUACUUCGCGAGGGCUGCGGACGAGGAGAGGGCAUUGGAAAGGAACAGCAGUGCUUUCAACCGACUAUUCGUCAUUCCACGUGUAUUGAGAGACGUGAGCAAUGUGAACACCGACACAGCUUUACUUGGUCGUACAUACUCUAUGCCCGAGGGGGUAGCACCAACAGCGAGACAAAAACUAGCUGGUGGUAACGGGGGAAUAGACACCUCAAGAGUAACGGCCAAGAUGAAUCUGAAUAUGACUCUGUCUCCGCCACUUUGGGUGCAAGUAUAUCUUCAGACCGACGUAAGCAAGAGCGUACAAUGGAUCAAACGUGCCGAGGCCGCUGGCUGUACUGCUCUUGUUCUCACCGUGGAUACUCCUAUACUCGGCAGCAGAUUGUCUGAGCGCCGCAGCCUUCUCGCCGAAAAGCAGCUGAGAACGAAGCCCAUAGCUAGUGCAGCUACCGUGAAUCGCAUCCUAAUGGACGCCCGAACCAAGCAAGAGGCCAAGGAUAUCGCCGAUUCCGCCGGCGGCGCUCUGAUUAACUCAGCCCUGAUAUGGGAGACCACGAUACCGUUCCUUCGUUCUGUGUCGUCUAUGAAGAUAAUUGUUAAAGGCAUCAUGUCACCUGAGGAUGCGAGGCUUGUAGUUGACUACGGGGUUGAUGGCAUCGUGGUUUACAACCACGGGGGGAGACAGCUGGACUGCGUGCCUGCCACUCUGGAGCUGUUGCUGUAG